CUGAAAAUGUAUUUGCUGUACAUUGUACCCCUUUUGUUGAUCGUAAUUGUGCAGUUACCAGUGCUUGUCCAGCUAGUUUGGUGACCUUGUCUGUGUGUCUUACACAGCCAAAUAAAUCAAAUCAGGACCACAUACAUGCAUUAAACAUACAUGUAAACACUAUUAAGUCCAAACCCGUUUUGGUGAAGAUAAUGAUCGCAGUUCAAACGUUUACAUUGCCUCAUUCAAUGUCCAUGAUGAAUUCCUAUUUUUAGCCUCUCUACCCGAUGUUAUCCAGAUUCACGACCCAAACAGCUUUGUGUGUUGAUACAACAAUCUGCACUUCCUCUCCUGUUGACAAGACCAGUGACGUGACAUUGCCUCUACUCGCCGGUGAGAAACGCCAUCUGCUCAGUGUUAGCCCCACUUACGUCCGAAACUCCUUGCCUUACGCACUCAGUCUUCACUGCUGCGUUAAUCCGUCCCGGCGGCUGAUGUUAGUGAUAGCAGGCGGGAGCUGACUCAUCUAGCCCCGGCGGAAACACACAAGGGGAUCGGUACCUUCCAGCAGUUAUAAGACAAGAUUCCCGCGUGCAAGCUUGUGACAUUUCUUAGUCUAAAAUCCAGCUUACGAACGUCACAGGAGCAUUUCUUAAUCUUAGGAGUUCCCUGAGACAUAAAAGACUUUGACUUUGACCCCCCGUAACCCCUGACGUUGAACAACAUUCGGUUGUAGCAAAUUUGGACGAGUCCAUCGACAUGUCGCCAUUUUCUGUCUUCGCAGCAGUCCUUGUGCUCUUGCCGUCCACCAUUUUGUCCGCGAGAGGCCAAUCCCGGCAUCCUCCGCGGGUGAACCCGAGCAGCAUCGCAGUAACAUGGCACACUGCGCAUGUCCGGCCAUACACGCUUAACGUCACGGUCACGUGGGAAAAGCCAGGUUCUGCUGUGAUAGACGGUUAUCUCGUCAAACUGGUCCAGCUGUUUGAAGACACUGGGAACGAGGGUGACCAUCCUCCAGUAGGCUCACUCCCAGACUUCUUCUCGGACGAUGAUGUCGACGGUUUGUUCGGUGGCAUCCCGCCACCGCUGUUUCCAACCGAGCCUGGAGAAGACAUUUUUCCGCUGGACGGCGCUUUUGAGCCACCGUCAUCCAGAGCAAACGUCGAGUCGUACCUGAACUUGGGGUACACCUUGGUGACUAAUGAGUCAUUUGUGGGGACGAACCUGAAGUACGGACACCAGUAUAACCUAAAGAUUUCCGUCGUUUCCAGUGACGUCAUCAGUGCGGAGACGGAUGAUAUCGUGUUGUCUCCAGAUUGCUAUUCAACAACUUCGGACCUGGAAUUCUGCAAAGACCAACCUAUAAUAUUCUCCAGUGCGCCUGCGCACCUUAAUGUUGCCAACCUGUCACGUGACGACACAGAGAACGUCACGGCGGUGGUCACGUGGUCAAAGCCGGUACAACAUGGCGGCCCGAUCUUAGGUUACUUCGUCCGGGUGACCUUCUCAGGGACAGAUGACCUUGUACCGUGUUCUCCAGGGGGAUAUGUAGACUCGACCACAGUAGCCGGAAGUGACGACAUACCUUUCGUAAUCCGUAGGCUGGAAGUUGAUCAGCAGUACCGAGUGCAGGUGACGCCCCUGGUUGAUGUUGAGAGGGCUGACACAGACACACCCUACGGAAAUCCAGCUUGGGUGACCUUGGACACCACGGGGCUCCCUGAUUCUGAUUGGUCAAUGCGAGGCAAGAUGGAGGAACCUAGGGCAGGUCACGUGACGAGUGGACAACCAAUCACAUCAAAAGUGCCUACCAACAUGCUAAUGAUAUUUGCAUUGGUCGCAGUGACGUGUAUGUAACGUUAGUGUCAGGAAA